UUUGUCUCUCUCUCUUUCUCAGUCUCUCUCUGUGUCUGUCAGUGUUUAUUUAAGAGUCUUCACAGUUAUUGUCUGUAGUGAUGGAGAAGGGAUCAUGUGCUCCUGGUUCUUUCUGGGAUUCUUUAACCAAACAAUGCAUAUCUCACACAUCUCAUGAGCUGAGAUCAUCAUCCAUCACAGAUGUUCCUAAGGCUGUUGUGAAGUCGGUGUUGAGCGUCAGAGAUGCGACAGAGCCGUGGAGCGCCGUAGGUCUCAGUGUGUGGAUCUGUGUUGGACUGGUGGUGAGUGGAUCACUGCUGGUCCUCAUCUUCUGGUUCAUCAUCUACAAACAUCACAGCAGGACCUCACAGAACACAGCUGGUCAGAAGGACGAUCACACUGCAGUGACAUCACAACAGGAAGUUCUGCAUCUCAACGGCCAGCUACAGGAAGUGUCCAUCACUGAGGAGACAUGUGGGCGGGGCCUGUGUAAUGGAUGGGCGGAGCAUGUUCUGCCACUCCCUGCAACCGAGUUGGGAGAUUCUGCCCUCGUUACAACUAAAACUUGGCAACCUGUUGAGGUUUGACUAAAACUAAUGAAAUAUAUUCAACAUUAGAACAGAUUCAGAUUCACUUCAAGACUUUAGUUUAAGGUUUCAAGGUUUUUAGUUUAUGUUUUAUAGUUACUCUUAUAUGACAACAUAAAGUUUUACUGUAAAUAAACCAAAAAUAAUGGCUCUUAAAUACCGUUUUUGUCUUCCUGCCAAACAGAGAAACACUUCUGGUUUAAUAAAUAGCGAAUGAUGGUUUGCAUUCAUCAAAUUGAAUGCCUUGAUGCUAAUGGAGUCUUUUAUGACGGUGAUUCUCAAAUCUGUUUCUGGUGAUCCACUGCUCGUGUGUUUUGUAUGUUUCUUACUUAUUUAACACACCUGACACGUCAUGAACUCAACUCAGUAGCUGCAUUUACAUUACCCUUUAAAGGCGCAGUGUGUAAUUUUUAGACGGAUCUCUUGACAGGAAGUUGUCUCUGAUGAUGACAUUUUUAUCCGGUGGCGGCUACCGUAGCUUUUCUAUGUGUUUCAAAAGUGAGGGGUGAGCGGUGCACUGAGCCAUUGGUUGCGAUUCCCAACCUCACCACUAGAUGCUGCUAAAAUGUACAAACGGCACCUUUAAAAAUACCCUAGAAUGUAAAACUUUAUUUAUGUAGGCAUAGAUGAAUAAUAAGAGUUGUGUACAUGGUAAUGACAUAUCAUGAGCCUCAAACAUGUUUGUUUCCUCCUUUUUAUGUAAACCUCAUACUCUUACAUCUCCUUCUGUUAAUAAUAAUGCCUAGUGCGAUGGAUGUGAUAUUAGUAAAACUACCAACAUCAGUCGACGUGAUGUUUGGAAUGACUUAUCAUGAGAGGAAAGACUAUGUUUCAUCAGUUAAUGGAAAUGCCAUUGUUGACAUUAGAAAAUGACGGUAAAGUUUUGCGCAAAUCUGCAAUGGAAAUGCAGUUUGGAGUGUUAGAUAAGAGAGAUAAACACAAUACAGAUCAGUGGAUCACUACAAACAAUCAAGCUCUUAAAUGAAGCUUUAUACGGCUGUUACGUCAAAUGAAAUCUUUUGGAUUUAGUAACUCUUUUAUUUCAUUUAGUGGGAAAUACUGUAACAAACACGCUUUAUAAAUAUGUUUCUUAGAUAUUUUAAAUUUAGAUGUGAUUCAGAUCUGCUGCAUUUUGAAAAGCAAAUUUUCUUCUUUAUAGUUUAGGGAGAUUUCCAGUGUUUGGUUAUGUGUCAUAUUUUCUCACAUAUUAAUGUUAAAAAACAUUUUCUUAUGUUUGUAUAUUCAUUUGUCAGUUUG